AUGGCGGGCGGUGGGGAAGAGCACACCGCGCAUUCAUCCGCGCAAGAUGAUGCGAAAGAUUCAGAAUCCGAUGGUGAUGCUGCUGAAGAUAUUCUGGAGGAGUCUCCUUGUAAGCGGUGGUCAAAGCGACGUGAACAGGUUAAGCAGAGGGAUGUCCCGGGGAUUGAUGUUGCCUAUCUUGCAAUGGACAAUGAGACAGGGAAUGAGGUGGUGUGGAAUGAAGUUCAAUUCUCAGAACGCAAAAAUUUUCGUGCUCAAGAGGAGAAGAUUAAUGCGGUGUUUGACAAGCUUACACAACUGGUACAUACCAACCUCGUCAAGUUCCACAAGUACUGGACCGAUGCAAAACCAGAGAAGCCCAGAAUAAUAUUUAUUACGGAGUAUAUGUCAUCAGGAUCAAUGUCGUUAUUUUUGCAACGUACAAGAAAAUCAGGGUCUCCAUUGAGCAUCAAGGCCUGGAAAAAGUGGACAACGCAGAUAUUAUCUGCUCUUAAUUAUUUGCAUUCAUGUGCACCACCGAUUACCCAUGGAAAUCUUACAUGCAACACAGUGUUCAUCCAACAGAACGGCCUGAUAAAGAUUGGAUGUGUUGCUCCCGACGCCAUCAAUCAUCACGUUAAGACUUGCCGUGACAAUAUAAAAAAUAUGCACUAUAUGGCUCCAGAAUACGAAUGUAAGCUUAAUUGCACUGAAGUUACGCCUGCUGCUGAUAUAUACUCAUUCGGUGUGUGUGCUGUUGAGAUUGCUGUUUUGGGUGGUCUAUCAGGUUGCCAAAACGGUGGUACAGACGGGCCAAUCAGUCGAGAAUGUAUUGAGAAGGCUGUUCGCUCUCUUGAAGACGAAAAACAAAGAGACUUCGUUGAGCUUUGUCUACAAAAAGACCCGUUAAAGAGGCCGACGGCACGGCAGUUAUUAUUUCAUCCCAUUCUGUUUGAGGUACACUCCUUAAAACUACUAGCGGCCCACAAAAUUGUGGAGUCCAAAAUAUUUGACGAUUUGCCUGCGGACGCCUUUCGUGUUCCCGACAUUGAAAAGGUUGCUGCGGUUGCUCGGAGAGAAUGCGCCGUUCGAGAAAUGGCUUACUGUCAAGUGCCUGCAUUCCAGCAUGACCUGGAAAAGAUCGUUGAGGAUGUGAGGAAUGGAAUUUAUCCAUUGACUGCUUUCGCUCCAUUAGCUCAUCAACCUCUUAAACCUACGCCUUCGACAUCCUCUAAUGCAGCAACCUCUUUGCCCAGUGUAUCAGAACCGACAGAUACGGUCAACUCUUCGCCUACUGCCAGCGACGAAUCGAUUCAGCAUCGUGAAAGUAGGACGAUUCGAUAUAUCCUGUUACUUGUUUAUUUACCCGUAUUCAUUGUAACUUCUAGUGAACUGUCCAUAUGGUUGCAAUUAGAGGAUAUGAUGAAUCGUCAACUCACUACCGAAUUCUCUCACGAUGAAAAUCCAAACAUGCUCACACAGGACCUCGUAACGCAUGGAUUUAUUUGCGAGGUUUUUUUUUCUACAUAUCACUACUAUUUCUGUAAUUGCCCGCAGGGUCUCCCAAGUUGGAAGGAACGCCUGGUGGAAACGCCAGAAAGCACGACUAAGAGUGAACCAAAACCAAUAUCCGGAUUCACCACCGUCGUAUCAUGCUAG